AUGCAGCUCGAGCAGCGGCUGAAUCUCUGGCUAACGAACCUAUCUAUUGGUAUAAGCGAUAGCAUGGGGGCCCCUAUUCCUCAUGACUUGACAAACGAAGCACCGGCUUUUCCUCCUUUGAGUUCGAUCCUAUUGCACCCAGUUUCUGAACCUGAUGUGACUCCAGACGAACCGGACAAGGGUAAUGCUCAAAUUUGUGAGCACGCUGGUGGAAAAGACAUCCUAUCAAAAGACAUUUCUGAAGUGUCCAUAGAAGGCCAACGAAUCCCACUAAGAAUGUAUCCAGAAGGACAGGAGGAAGAAGAUGUUAUCGAAGACGACAGUGAAAGGAAUAACAUAAAUAGACAUGAUGUCGAAGAGGAAAGGUGGCUGGUCAACUACAACAUUAAAAACGAAUUGGUUCCUUUAGCUCAAACCUCCGAGCAAUCGAGAGAAACCCAAGAGAUGUCCAGUAUCAAUAUAGAAGUAGCUCGAGAGGUCAUGACGGAAAUUCUUCCGGCAGACUCUGAUCUGAAUGAUGCUAUAUCUUUAGAAAAAGCCCCAAGUGUUGCCGCUAUGGUGGAUUCUACCUUAGGGGAAUCGGCAAACAUCAGAGGAAUGGAGCAGGUUAUCGAUCCAAAGCAGUCCUACCGGAUUCUUGUUGAGAAUGAAUUAGAUGUCCUACUCACAGUAUGCGCCUUAAUUGGUCAAAAUCAGCGGGUGAUCUGCUACAUGCCUUCCGGUACUCCUCCAUUGUCGUUUUACAAACCCUUGAUUGAAGCCGUAACUGGCGCGGUUGCCUAUUUUCCCGAACGAAUGAGCCCGACAAGGCGAGAUGCUGCAUAUAAACGGACUCUAGAAGCCAGUAAUUCGGUCGCAUUGGUUCCCGGUACACUUCUGCCCGAUAUAUUGAUGGAAGGCGAAAACACUUGGGUUAUUUAUGUAGGUUGGCCCCCCAGUCACGAGAAAUAUCUAAGUCGGUUCAAGAAGCACAGGGCACAAAACAACGUCAUCGUUGCUUACUCUGGGGAUCUGGAAUUAUAUACUUUGAGCCCUUCCCUCAUGGAUAUAACUCAAAUUUGGCCAGGGAGAGAUUCACUUGAUGCGUCGAUCGACAAGUUACGACAUGUAUUCGAUGACUCGCUGGCCAAAAUAUCAGAUGAAUUGAAAGAAAAGGUUUAUGCGGAUUGGAUCCAGACCCACGGCGUUUACGGCCCUCGAUACGUCAAGGCCUGGGACCCCAUCAAACUUGUGGAACAGGCCAAUUGCUACUUGGUUCAUAUUCUGCUAUAUCGUUACAAAGACCUCGUUUCUAACAAUUUGGAAUCCAAAAUAUUGCCUCGGGUCUCUUGGGGGUUUGUUACUCAAAAUUUGCUUGAACCCGCAUACGAAGCUGGAGUAUUGCAAGUGAAAGAUCGUGACUCAAGCCCGGAUCAUAUUUCUUCACUUUCUCAAGCGGAUGUUAAAUCAUCCGCAGCAGCGAGUACUAGGGUAUCCACCCCAACGACUGGUCCCACAGCUUCUAUCCUUUCAACCCAGACGUCCAUCGAUACGAAGGCAAAAGUACCGGGUAAAGAUUCCGGCGCCCAAAUCCCCAGUGCGGAAGCAUACUUCAAAAUUGCGAGUGGACAUACCUACUUGCCUAUUGAGAAGAAGGGUCACGGUUCAUUGCGGCAUUACCAAAAGCUAUUUAAAAGAAUUCUUCCAUCCGCUCAGGUGAUCGCGCCCGAAGCCAUAAGUAGUGAUCAAGCGAAUAAUGACGCUGCGUCUCGUUUUGUUAAUGCUUCGUCUCGUUCUAUGCUACUCCUCACUUAUAGCACAACAAACCUGCCAUCAAUGCUGAGAGAGAGCAAGGUUGGAUAUUGUAUUUAUUGGGGAUUCCAUCUUCCAGUGAAGCAAGACAUCACUGAACACGCCAACGCUCGCACUCUGCUCGACCUGGGACCAAGAUCUCCACUCUGGCCGAUGCGUAACACCACGGUUUCGAUAUUGAUGACCGAAGAAGCGGCGGUCAAGGGACUAUACGUCAAUCGUAUAUAUGGGCUAGGUACUGUUUCGCGCGCUGAAAGGAGUGCACAAGAGGUUCUUCGCAUGGCCAAUCGAUACUCGGCAAAGGUUCUUUUGCGUGGCGACUUGGAAGAUGGUAGUGAGCAAUUCCCACCAGUGGCAGGAAGACUUCCAGUUCCUCGCACGGUUGUGGAUAGAUUUCAACUGCAACCGGCGGUGACUGAAGGGUUGGCCAUAAUUGGUUAA